GACGUUUGUGCACUGGAGGAGCUGUUUGCGCAGAUAAGCCAAAGAGUGGAAUCAGAACUAGCAAAGCGAAGGACGCUGUUGCAUUAAUACGCACUUACAUUCAGAGUUAAACUGAUAGUAUUUACGGUGUAUUUAACCCCUCACCCUUUAUCGGUAUAUUUACGAAGAAGAACUUAAAAAAUUUUGGAGUCACUGUUUAUGGUGUUGAAAGAGAUGACACGUAUGAGGAGACGACUUCUUGAUGAUUAUAUUAUACCAGCUCUUAAUUCUGGGACAUAUAAAAGUAAAUUGUAUUGGUUGAACAAAGAGAAGGGGAUUUUUAGGAUCUAUUGGAGUCACAAAAAUGCUGCGAAAUGGCAAUCCGAGGACACAAUUGUUUUCCAGGAUUGGGACAGACUUAAAGGCCAUUUCAAGCCUGAAGGAAAAAAUUACUUCAUGUGCGCCAAGCAGCGCUUCAGGGCUGCGUUAUACAAACUGAGUCCCUAUGUUAAGCAGUUAAAGUGUCCAGAAAAAUUUCAUCGAGACUAUCAGUUGGUCGCUGAAGGAAGCAGAAGGCGAUGUGAAAAUUUGUUGAGAUCUAAAUCUAAAGUGACUAAAAGGAUACACCCAUGUGCGAUUCCAACAUCUGUAAUACGCAAAAACACAUCAUAUAUUGCAAAACCUGCCUCUGAAGACCAAACGCCGAUGUCUCCGAGCCCCUCUAUUCAUACUCCAGAAGAGCAAAAGAUCCUUGUACAGUAUUCUACUUCAAUGGAGAAACUGACUCAGCUGAGAAAAAGCCGACAAUAUGAAAAUAUGAUUCAAGAAGAGAUGCCUCAAAAAAGCACUAGGGAAGUUCAUGAGACGUCUGUUUUAAGAGAGAAUUCAUCUUCUCGAAUUCCUCAUAUUCCUCCACAGCCUGUACCUGUAUAUUGUUCUUACAAACAAUAUUAUACCCGUAAUCAUCAUCCACUUCAAGAUUGUCCUGAAGUUUUCGUCAGUAAAAUAUACAGUGGUCCAGAAAAUAUGCCCCAAGUAAAGGAUGAAACUCGAAGCUCAAUGUAUAAUGCUGAUGAAGAUACAUGUUCUGGUAUACUGAACUUAUCUGUGAAGUCCGAUGUCAGUGAUGCUCCAUCAAGGUAAGAUGACUGACCGAAGGGUGGUUCAUUCAAGGAUGAUUAAAUCUUCAGAGUAAUCUUAAAAGAAGUCAUCCUUGAUAAUCAGUUUAUUCUUGGACUUCUAAGCAUGUGAUCCAUCAUAAAGAAGAUUCAUCUUGUCGCAUGCAUCAAUCAACAACACAUGAAAAAAUGCAACAUUUCUAGAUCAAACUGAAAAAGCAGGACUUUCUUUUUAAAUUUGCCAAAAAUUUUUCAUCUGUUAUUUGUAUUAUAUUCUUGUAUCGUUUUUUCAGUCAUAUGGAAGAGGUAAAAUGAUGAAUUAGUGAGAUGAAGCAAUUACUUUUGUAUUGCAUUUUUUAGGUAAAAUGUUAUUUUCACUGCA